AUGUCGGGUGGCGUCCAAACCUUAAGGGCUAUGUUCGAGCAGAGCAGUAAUGCCUCGAGCCCAGAUCGAGGUAGAUCUGGUGAUAAUUCCGCAGGGAUCGGAGAAACACCACAAAGACCUCUCUCAACCGUUCGGACCAGCUUUGUUAAGGUUGAGAGGAAUGGACAUAGUCAUAAUCAAUCAGGGAUUCGAAAAGAUAUCAGUAAUGAAAGUAAUACACUUCAGAGAAACUCGAUCACGAAGGAGAGCAAUAAGAAAAACUUACUGAACACGCCCAUAAUCAAAAGCAAUGUUUUAGUCAGAGGAGCUCAUGAGAACGAUAGGAAAAAUUCAAAGAAGCUGGAGAAGGAACUAGAGACAAAAGGCGACGAGAAAAGUCGAACGAGUGUGACAAAAUCGCCCACGACAUUGAAUAGCCUCGCAAAGAGACCAAAAAAUGUGGUAGACAAAGCUUCACUCAAAACUGUGUCAUCGUUAUCGCACUCAAAAACGAAAAAAUCUCCAAUGUACCCUCAAAAUGUUCUGCCCAAGUCGCCUGCCACUCCUUCACGAAGAACACAAGAAGAUAAGGAUCCCAUCACAAAACAAAACAAGGUAUCUGUGACGAAGACCAGCUCUCGAAACCUUCCCAACAGCCCAAAAGAAUCUACCCCAAGAUCUACUGGGAGAAUGAAGAGCCAUGCAUCGCCUUCGCGAAUACAAUCUCGCUUCCAGAAACCCCAACCAAAGUCACCCACUAAACCUGUAAAGCUUCCUACUUCUCUCACUACUCAGACAGCUUCUUCAAGCUCUAAAGUUUCUCGAGCUGUAACAAAAACUGAGACUUCGCAUGACACGUUGGGAAAGCUACAAAACCCUAGCCGCUCAUCUCGUCGCUUGAGCAUAUCGUCAAGAGGCUCUUCUGCAUUGAAAGGCGAUAACAGUCGACCGUCCUUGGGCUUAGGAGAAUUAAGUAGGAAGUCAUCCAGACAGAGCUUAGUUUCUCACGUAGCUACUGAUGAAAGUUUUCUGGCUCGUAUGAUGAGACCGACCACUUCCUCUGCCUCUAAGAGUGCUGAGAAGCCAUUACCUAUUAAGCAAAUCAAGCCUGUCUCUCGUCCAGCGACCAAAAAUGGGCUAAGAAUCACGACAAAAGCCCAAACUAAGAAAAGCGUUACAAAUUCCUCCAUAACCAAUGGAAGGAAAGAAUUCAUUAAAAUUAAGGUUGAAGAGCAUUGCAAUCCCAUAAUUAUUUCAACUACAAUAGUCUCACCUGGUCAUGAAAAUGUUAAAACCCCAUCUCCGACUUGUCUCAAGCUCGAUAAAGAAACCCCAGUGAUGCCACCUCAACUUAUUCAAUCUAUAAAAAGUACCGAACCUUCAAAUGAAACAAUUCAACCCGAGACGGUGACCAAAUCUUGUUCUUUCAACUUCAUUUCGAACGAGGAAGAAAAUAUAUCACAGCUUUCAGUAACGAUGAAGUCAGAAUCUAGCGAGGAAAAAGAAAUCGAAGGUGAUCAGGAGUUAGAAACAAAUUCAAUCAGUAUAAAGAGUGCUGAUCUCGACAAAGAGAUUUAUUUAGAAACUACUAAUAAGAUAAUUGGGAACCCUCUCGAUGAGAAAACUCCUGACCCCACUCUUCUAGCAGUCGAGAGUAACCAAUCUGAAGCCUCCAAGGAAACCGAAACUUGCAUCGAAGCGAUACCAGUAGACGAGACCAAAAAAGUAGAUCUAACGGUGGAAAUAGAUAACAACGAUCAGGAUCAUGAACUAGUUUCCGAAGAGCUCACUAUUCACAAAGCUACGACUGAACUAGAAAUUCAGUGUAGUAGCAAAACUACCUCUCCUGUACUUGAAUCAAAGAGUCAGCUCGACGGGGAAGAGAUGAUAGUGAAAACUGAACCACAGCAAAAGUCACCCAUAAUCAAGUCUCCUCUCGCUGCUAUUCGAAAAGUAUUCAAGGCUGAUCUGGCUGUACCAACAACUUCCCAGCCACCUUCGUCGCCAUCUCACCAUACAAUACCUAAUUCUGGAUCUAUAAACUCACUAGCAUUAGAUAGGUCUCCUAUAUGUGAGGAUCCUGAAGACAUAAGAGCUCGGGAAGAGAUCGCCAAGUUGAAUGAAGCACUCAUGAUGGGUGCUCACUAG